UGACUCAGUUCUCAGGUGCAGUUAAUUACGGUCAUUAUAGAGAAGAAUUGUGAAGCACACGUAAAGGAAGGAAGGAUUUAUAGCUUUUAUCAUUGUGGAAGUAAUCUUUUGUUAUUCAAGCAACGUUUUAAAUACUUGUAGUGUUUGUUAAGCUGAAAUUCACGUUUCAGAGGAGAUGAUGGAGUUGUCGUUAUAUGACAUAAACACAGGUCAGAUGUGUUCAUAUGAUCAGAUGUCUCUGGGUGAGAUGCUUCAGAUUCAGGAUCAUCCUGUGAGUGAAGAGCAGGCGUGGGCUCUGUGCUAUCAGCUCUGCUCUUUACUCUCACAUCAAUCCAGUCAGGAGACAUGGAAAACUGUCGUGUCUUCAGCCGCAGAUGGCGUUUUGUUCUCCAGGGACGGCAGCGUCUCUCUGCAGCCGAUUAACAGUGAUGCUGGUAAUUCAUUUGUGAUAGAGACAGAGGAACAGGCCGUUGAGUUUGUGGGCCGUCUUGUGUACUUGAGUCUGGACUGGGGUCUGGAGACACAGGUGGAGCGUGAGUUGAGUGAGACCUUAGAGAUCCUGGUUUGUCAGAUGACCAAAGUGAACCUCAGCCUCAGCGCCGAACACUCCUGCCAACCCAUCUGCACCAUCUCUGAUGUCAUCCAGGUUUGUAAGGAACGCCUGUACGAUCCGAGCCAGGCUGUUAAGCAUUACAAGAACGUGUGUUCCAGUCUGUUCUCUCACACCGUUGAGUUGUGUCAGUAUCUGCAGAUUGUUCAACAGUCCCGGGAGAGUCUGCAGAAACUGUUUGAAUCAGAGACCCAACUAGUUGCCCGAGUGACCACAAACUGGGUGUCCACGUGGAAGGAUCUAGUGGAUGAGUUGAGCGAAGGUGUAGAGUUGCGGCCGUUAGCGAAGAGAGUGACUUUAACUAAAUGCCCACUGCCUGCUGAGACCCCUCCAUUCAACCAGCUUCUGCGGGACAUCCAGUGCAGACGAUACACACUACGGAAAGUUCAGGAUGUUGAAGACGGCCAGAGAAAGCCAGACCCUCACCAGACUCUUCUAGAAUUCAUCCGCUCACGGCCGAAAUUACGACCGGCCUCCGAGCGUAAGAUGGGACUGAAGCCCAAAGAGCAGAGCAGUCUACAUGAGCUGCUUAUGGAGGAGAUUCGCUCUAUGAACCACUGGAAACGCCUGGCACACAACAGAGACCAAUCAGAUGGCUCACCCAUUAAUGAAGAGACUAAAGAUGCCUCUUUUGUGAAGUCAACUCAAGACAGGAUACCUUCGGAUGAAAUUCUUGGUUCAGGAAAUCCUGUGCAAGACACCAGCUUUACAGUCCCCCUAGACAUCAGAGUCUGCUCAGGAAAGCGCCGGACCAGAUCUUUUGCUUGCAACAGGGAUCUCUUCAAAGUGGUUAAGAGCAGUAACAAGGGGUCUGUUCUCACAACGAUCGUUGACGUCAUGAAAAUGCACAGUUCUGAAGAAAAAGAAGAUCAGAAGAAUAUGUCGUGUAAGAGAUACCAGGACUGGCGGGUAUGUUCAUGCUGUGCAAUGAGAAGCCUUUAUUUCACGUGGCAUAACAUCUGCUCUCUGUGUCGGAGGGCUGUGUGUCCUGGUUGUUGUAUAGAGAUGCGUCUGCCCUCCAAGCGCUGCGUGAACCUUCCACUGAGCUUCUUCAAGCAAAUUGUGAUGAAGGAUGGUGAGCAAAGCCAGAGAAAUUUCUGGAAUGAACGCUGGUCCUGGAAUUCAGCCUGGAUUCCUCUAGUUCUAGUGUCGUGCGGGAAUGACAAGACAUCUGUUCACACUCGGGCUAUGCGUGACUGGUACAGUCAGGACAUCUGUGUGAGCUGCCAGAAGGAUUUAUUAGAGGCGUGUGACUCUGUUCUGUCCAGCUGUCCCAUCAAAGACUCUCAGGAGAUAUGACCACCCUCCCUUUUCAUCACUCUCUCCAUUUUUAUGUGUUCCUUUAUUUGUAUAUCAGCGGUGUUUGUGUUUUUGUUGUUGGGCUGUUCACAGUGUUGCACCAUAUUCGUUUGGCAAGUUUCUGUUUUUCACCAUUUUGCAAGUUUUAAGGUUUUACAUUGUGAACAAAAAUUAAAUAAAUGUACUGAACAUUUUUACAAAAA